AUGACGGCCCCACUUGGCCUCCCCCCUCGCUGGCCCGACGGCCUCGCGUGUCGCUGCGAGGAAAACCCCCGCGAGAAAAAUCGGAUGGAAGGGUUAGGGCACUGCCGGGAGAUGCUCCCCCCCCACGCCGGACUUGCUGUGCCCACCGCCCCACCUCACCCCCCACCGCCACCACCGCCGCCACCGGCACCCCAGGGAGCUCCUUACGCCGAGCUGGCCACCGCCGAACCCCCCCGGCAGUGUCCGUCGGGGGCGGCUUCCAGUGCUGCUCUGGGUUACGGUUACCCCUUCGGGGGUGGGUACUACGGCUGUCGGUUGUCCCACUCCCACGGAGUCAACCUGCAGCAGAAACCCUGCGCUUAUCACCCCGCGGAGAAGUACCCCGAGGCCGGCGGACCCCUGCCCGCUGAGGAGCUGCCGUCGAGGGCCAAAGAAUUUGCCUUUUAUCCCGGUUUUCCCAGCUCCUACCAAGCGGUCCCGGGUUAUUUGGACGUGUCGGUUGUCCCGGGGCUUGGUCCUCACCCGGAACCAAGACACGACGCUUUGCUUCCCAUGGAAGGUUACCAACACUGGGCUCUUUCCAAUGGCUGGGAUGGGCAAGUGUAUUGCUCCAAAGAGCAAUCCCAGUCCGCACACCUCUGGAAAUCACCUUUCCCAGACGUGGUCCCUUUGCAACCCGAAGUCAGCAGCUACCGAAGGGGACGGAAAAAAAGGGUCCCUUACACCAAAAUCCAGCUGAAGGAGUUGGAGAAGGAGUAUGCGGCCAGCAAAUUCAUCACCAAAGAGAAGCGGAGGAGGAUUUCGGCCACCACCAACCUGUCUGAACGCCAAGUGACUAUCUGGUUCCAGAACCGGAGGGUCAAGGAGAAGAAGGUGGUGAGCAAAUCCAAGACAGCCCAUCUCCACCCCACCUGA